CUUGUUUACUUGAUUGAAUUAAUUUCCUUAUUAAUACCCUCAUAGUAGCUAUAGUUUUUUUCUAAGUUAAUUUCCUUAUUACACUUUCUUCUCUCAUAUCAUCAAUGGCGGCCAUAACAGGAGCAGCAGCAGCAGCUUAUUCAGUGAUCUCCUUGAGAUCUCGCUCCCCGCAGUUGCACCACAUCGCCUUUCAAAAAAUCACAUCGAAAAAGGAUUAUGGUUUGAAGUCAGCUUCACUUUCUGUUAAGUUCCGAAUAAGCUCUUACAACUUUGGAUCACAGCCACCACGUGCUAUUGUUCUUAGGGUUUCUUGCAGCGGCAUAGAAGAGAGGGUGACAAAGAUAAUAGUUGAGCAACUGGGUGUUUUAGAAUCCGAGGUAGUUAAUACUGCAAGCUUUGUUGAAGAUCUUGGAAGUGAUUCUCUUGACUUGGCUGAGCUUAUUAUGGCUCUGGAGGAAGAAUUUGACACUGAGAUACCAGACGAAGAAGCAGAAAAAAUCAGAACCGUACAGGCAGCAAUUGAUUAUAUUACCAGCCACCAAGCAUGAAAAAAGUAGUACUAUUGAAAAUCUAAGAAAAAAGCAGUACUAUUGAAAAUCUAGAGACAAAUGCAACUACUUUAUUUUAUUUUAAGAGUAAUGAUAUCCACUUUAACAUUACACACUGCUAUAAUAAACAUUACACACUGCUAUUUUAAGAGUAAUGAUAUUUUAUUGUAUUUAUUUGUAUGUGUUUAGGAACACAAGGAUUCCAAUUCUAAAAUAAUUGGGUGUGUAUUUUUCAGCAUAUUUAUAAUUUAUUA